AUGAGUGCCAGGGCGCCCAAGGAGCUGAGGCUGGCGCUGCCGCCGUGUCUCCUCAACCGGACCUUUGCUUCCCCCAACGCAAGCGGCAACUCCAGUGCCCGCGCCCCGGGCGGCAGCGGUAGCAGCACCUGCAUAACGCAGGUGGGACAGCAGCUCUUCCAGUCCUUCUCUUCCACGCUGGUGCUGAUUGUCCUGGUCACCCUCAUCUUCUGCCUCAUCGUGUUGUCGCUCUCCACCUUCCACAUCCACAAACGUAGGAUGAAGAAGCGGAAGAUGCAGAGAGCUCAGGAGGAAUACGAGCGGGAUCACUGCAGCAGCAGUCGCGGCGGCGGGGGGCUGCCCCAGGCAGGCAGCCAGGCCCCAACCCAUGGAAAAGAAACCCGGCUGGAUAGGCAGCCCCGGGACUCUGCCUUCUGCGCCCCCUCCAACGUCUCCUCCUCCUCCUCUUCGUCCCCCGGCGUCCAGUGUCCGGGUCCCUGUCCUCCUCCGCCUCCACCGCCAGCCCCUAGUCCACAAGGAGCACCUGCAGCCCCCUCCUGUUUGGACACAGCUGAAGAGGGCCUUUUGCAAACGGUGGUACUGUCCUGA